GUCAGGCAGCAGCUCGGCAGCAAGAUUGGAGCAAUGGAAGACCUUUACGUGGCAAACACCAUCUUUGCCCUCAAUUUCUUCAAGCAUCUGGUUAAAACAAGCCCCACCCAGAGCCUCUUCUUCUCGCCCUGGAGCAUCUCCUCCAGCAUGGCCAUGGUGUACCUGGGCUCCAGGGGUGACACUGAAGACCAGAUGGCCCGGGUGCUUCAGUUUAACAAAGUUGGUGGCUAUGACCUCACCCCAAGGACACCAGAGAAUGUCACUGGCUGUGAAUUCACACAGCAGAUACAGAAGGAAACUUACCCUGAUGCCAUGUUGCAGGUACAAGCGAGAGAUAAAGUCCACUCAGCCUUCCAGUCUCUGAGCUCUGUAAUCAACACACCGGCUGGCGGUUAUGUAUUGGCAAGUGCCAAUAAGCUAUUUGGAGAGAAGUCUGCCAGAUUCAAAGAAGAAUACAUGCAACUCUGCAAGAAAUAUUACUCUACAGAACCUGAUGCAAUGGAUUUUCUUCAAUGUGCAGAGGAAGCCAGACAAAAGAUUAAUUCCUGGGUCAAGACUCAAACCGAGGGCAAAAUACCAAGCCUGUUACCUAAAGGUUCUAUAGAUGGGGAAACCAGGAUGGUGCUCGUGAACGCUGUCUACUUCAAAGGAAAGUGGAAAACUCCAUUUCAGAAGACACUGGCCGGGCUUUAUCCUUUCCAUGUGGACUCGACUCAGAGCAUCCCUGUCCAGAUGAUGUACUUGCAUGAAAAGCUGAACAUCGGGCAUAUAGAGGACGUAAAGGCUCAGAUCCUGGAACUCCCGUAUGCUGGAGACAUCAGCAUGUUCCUGCUGCUUCCCGAUGAAAUGGCAGAGGGGUCCACCGGCCUACAGCUGCUGGAGAAUGAAAUAAAUUAUGACAAAUUGAACAAGUGGAUCAGCAAAGACACUGUGGCUGAAGAUGACGUGGAGGUCUACCUCCCCCAGUUCAAGUUAGAGGAGCGCUAUGAACUCAAACCCAUUCUGCGAACCCUGGGCAUGGAGGAUGCCUUCCACAGGGGCAAGGCCAACUUCUUAGGAAUGUCAGAUGGAAACGACCUGUUUCUAUCUGAGGUGUUCCACCAAGCCACGGUGGAUGUUAACGAGGAGGGCACGGUAGCAGCUGGCGGCACUGGGGCCGUCAUGACAGGGAGAACUGGCCACGGAGGCCCACAGUUCGUGGCGGAUCACCCUUUCCUCUUCUUGAUCAUGCACAAGACAACCAAAGUCAUUCUAUUUUUUGGUCGAUUUUCCUCACCCUGA